AUGAAUCCCUCCUAUUUUGAUCAGGUGCUGGGCUACCCGGAGCGUGAGGGUCUAAUGACACAGUGCCCAGCUCUCGCGCUUUUUUGUUAUCAGGAAUUUGUUGCCGCGAUUCAGGGUGGAAAGCGAGUGGUUGACCCCUUAUCUGCGAAGGACGAGGUGGCGGUGCUUUUGUCGGCCGCAACAGUCUCUGAAGUCACCGCGAGAGUGUUUGCUACGGUAGAGGAGGGGGCGACUCUCCAUCCCUUUUGGCGCACCCUUCGAGCAGCCUUGGAGAGCGCAUGGGAUCCUGUGCAGGGGGGCGAUGUUCACUGGCGGCUCUACGAGGUGGCGGGAAAUGCCCGAUUUUACGGAAAGGCGAUGCCGCGAAUGCCGCUUGCUCAGCUCUCUUUUCAAAACACGUUGGAUGCGAGUCGAAGUAUUCUUCACAUGUCGACGGCCUGUGCUCUCGCAGGAUCUAUUGACCCGUUCGGAGAGAAGCGGGGGCAGCCCCUUGCGUCCAUGUUGCAGUAUUAUCGCCUUGUCCCAACUUCGUCAGAGACGAGGGAAAUUACUUCUGAGGGGUUGAGUUUUUGCAUGCAACCCCUGCAGCAGCAAUGGUGGACGUUGGUCUCCGUGGCCCUCGACCGCAUUUUGGUACUGACAAAAAACAGUGGUGUGACGCGUGCCGAACUGUGGCAACUAUUAGCCGUUUUGUUUGCUCUUGAUACCAGUCAGUUUGUUUACCCGUUCCCGGAAAAGGAAAAGGAUUUGGCCGCCUUUCAAAUUCUGGCACGUCUGUCGGAGGUGGGGCUUGUGUAUCCUCUCAUUUCUGGUGGUCGUCGUUGCUUUGCGCUGUCGCCUCACUUUCAUCAUGCGGUUUGCUGGAGCUCCACGGCCCCGCUCUGCACAGCUGCGCUGCUUGAUAGCGGGGGGAACUCGAUGGGUCGCGUUCGCCGCGAGGAUGAAGACACCAUCAUCACAGAGGCGAACUUUCGCCUCUAUGCUUACACAAGAAAUCCUGAUCUUUUGAAUAUUCUCAAUCAGUUUGCGGAGAGGGAUGCAGAAGUAGACCAGAUGAUUGCUUGUUACCGAGUUACGCGGAGGACAUUUGCUGCAGCUUUAAAGCGGGGUAUCGGCUCUUCGCACAUCUUACAGUUUCUUGCGGUGAAGGCACAUCCGUCCAUGUUGAGGCAUCAUAGAGAGGGUGAUUCCAAGAAAGCGUCGGGCUUAUCCGUCUUGGGUGCUGGAACACGUUUCAAAAACGCUUCUGAUAUCCGUAUUGACGAAAUCAUUCCACAAUCGUUUUGCGACCAGCUGAUGACGUGGGAGAAGGAGUGUCGGCGGCUUAUUUUUAGUCGAAAUCUUGUACUGCUUCGAAACGUUACUGCGGUGCAGAAAGAGUUGUUGUUGAACGCUCUUUCCUCGGGCGGCGAGAGGCACGCGGUGGUGCACCAGGAGAAAGGCUACUUGGUGGUGCAACGUGAAGCGUAUGAGCGUGUGUUGGCUCCUUUGAUUCCCACAGAGUAA